UAUAAACAGUGUCAUUUGUUUAUUGAUUCUCGCUCUCACUCACUUAUCGAUUUUAUCGUUUAAUUUGAUUCGAAUAGAAUUUGUUGAUUUUGAUAAACAUUUCGGAGAAAAAUUUUCACUUUCCCGGCUAGAUCCAUUCAUUCAUGUGUUCAAUCGAUCCAAUCAACCAAUCGACAUUGGAUUAAUUUUGUUUUUCUUUCAUCAUCGGUUCUGGAUCCAAAUUCCUUAUAUCCCAUUAAUGGUGAUUGGUAAUUUGUAAUCAAUCUUUCGUUUUUCUCGGGUGUUUAUUUGUGUGUGUGUAAAUGUCCAUCAAACACACAUAGAAAAUAUUCGCGUGAUUAGUCAAUUAAAUUGAUUGAAAGUAAAUUCAAUUUCCAAUCAUCAUAUAUCACCAUUGUCGUCGUAAUCGUCGAUUAAAUUAUAUUUCCGAUAUAAUUCAUUCCUGUGUAGCCUGAAAAAAUGCUUAGUUUAAAUCAUCAUCAUCAUCAUUGCCAUUGUCACCAUCAUCAUCAUACGACACAAUGUGAUUAUUGUAUAUUCGAUCAUCUAAAUAAUGAUGAUGAUGUUAAUCUUGACCAUCGUGAUAAUGGUGGACAAUCAUCGUCAUCAACAUUCAUCCAUAAUGAUCAACAACAACAACAACAACAAUUGAUGACAACGACGUCUACGAAUGUAGCCUAUAUAUCAAACCAAAAUGAAAUUGAUGUUAAUGAACAUCAAAUGAAUGAUGCAACAACAAUGAAAAUGAAAAUGAUGAUGAUGAAAAAUUCAACAACAAUAAAUGAACAACAACCAUUUGAUCAAGAUGGUUUCGUUGGUAUUGAAUUACGUUUAAUGCGUAAUCUUAUUAUAUUAAGUUUUACAUCAACAAUGAUAUUGGGCAUUUUACAGAAUUUACUAACCAUCGAUCGUUAUCAAUAUGGACAAUGGACAUAUAUUGGUUUCGCCAUUGGUUUUAUGUUCAGUGCUUUAUCUGUUUAUUAUGCUCAAGCAUUUGUACAACGUUUUGGUCCAAAACGUACAUUAAUAAUAUCAACAGUGGCGAUUAUUUUGUUCAUUUUUAUACAUUAUUUUCAUAAUUUCAUUCUAUUUCAAAUGGCUAUUAUUUUGUUCACAAUAUUUAUUGGUCCAUUUUAUGCUGCACAAUUGGAAUUUAUUUCAAAAUUCAUGUCCAAUCUAGUACAUUUAACACAAACAAUUAAACGUUAUCAAGAAGAACGUUAUCAACGUCUUUUACAUCAAUUAUUAUUCUGUCCAUCGCUUAUUGUUGGCCAUUUAAUCUAUGUUAUUGUUUUUGCUUCAUAUUCAUCAUCAUCAUCAUCAUCAUCGAAAUCAUCAUCUCAUCAUAUGUGA